UUUUUUUUUUUUUUACUUUUUUUGUUUUUGUUUUUACUUUUCAUUGAGCUCUUAUGUCACUAGAAGUUCCUUUACUUGUGUCCUCGCCGACAAAUAUACUCACAAUCCAAGAUGUCGUACUUGACUCACCUGUUUGGCGAGCCAAUGUGUUACAUUUGGAAGACCAAAUUGAUCAAUUUGAAAAGUGGAUUGACGGCUUUAUCCGUGCAUUAAAGAAUUAUAUCGAAGCUCUUAUAAAACAUAACACAUUAGCAACAACUUUAUGUAAACGGACUUUCUUGCAUGGCUUAGAUGGUACCUUGAUUGAUUCCAAAAUUGCUGGCAAUGUGGUCAAUAAGUUUGCAACAACAUUACAAUCGACAAUUGCGUAUCGUAUGAAAACGGCAUCCGAUUUAGAAGACCUACUGCUAAACCCUUUACAGCAAAUGAUCAAGCAUGACUUAAAAAGCUUUAAAGAUAGCAGAAAGGGAUUUGAUAAAAUGCUGGAUAAAUACGAAACCCAAUUAUAUAGAUACAAUGUAUUGAGCAAACAAAAGGAAGCAAGUGCAUUAAGAGAAGAUGCUUUUCAAAUGUUUGAAUUGAGAAAACAAUAUGUCAAAACUAGUGGUGAUUAUUUUUCAAAGCUGGUUACCUUUAAGGCUAAUUUAGAAAACCUAUUGGUGGACUGUUUCUCCGGAGCAUUAGGCGCUCAUACUGAUGAAAUCGAUGAAUCCGUGUAUGCUUGUGUGGCUGUAAAAGCUAAUUUGUCGGGUUGGAGACAGUGGUUGGACGAGAGUAAAGUCACAUGCGAUUAUCAAGCACAGAGAAUGAAUAAACGAUGUACAGAACUACAGGAUAUUUAUAUUGAGCAAAUGAAGCCCCAAAGGUCUUUAAAACGAUACUCUGCACAAACUAGUGACAAAUUACAGGUCAUUGCUUCUCCCAACCCUCAUCCUGAAAGUGAUGAAGAACCACAAGUCAAUAAGGCUUUACCUAUGGGUAUAUCCUCUGCAGAUCCUAAAAAGACAGGCAAUAAACAAGGUUAUUUAAAUAGUCGUAUUGUAAUCACUGGGAAAUCUGCUCGGCCUCCUUGGUCUAGGAAAUGGUUUUUUUUACAAGGGGGAUGGUUUGGAACAUGUACUGUCACAACACUGAAUAAAGAAAAGGGCUGUAUUGUCUUGGGUGAUCGGGUGGCAAUAAAGGAAUGUGUAUUUCGUGUAAAUACUGAUAUUGAUCGACGCUUUUGCUUUGAGGUGGUUCAUCCCAAAUGUUCUUUUUAUUUGCAAGCCGAGAAUGAAGACGAAAUGCAACAUUGGUUAUGGGCCAUCGAAUACAACAAUAUGGAUCAUGGUUCACAUAAAAAUGAAGUAGAAUCAAAAUCACCUCAAGCUCUUUUAUCUCCUCUGAUGGUGGACAAUAACUCUUCCGUCGCCAUGUCAACAUCUCCUUCACUCGAUUCAGACAAUGAACGAGCCAUUACACCAACUGCUUCAACCACUUCAUCACUAACAGCGCUCAUGAUUCGAGAGGGGGAAAAUACCAUAACAGAUAUGCCCCAGCCUAUUAAUACGCAGCAGGAUAGUAAUACAAUUUCUCACCAGUUAUCAUCGUGGGGUAUGCCUUGGCUAAGUACCGGUAUCAAUGUUCUUUCGAAUCCGUCAGAGGAGGAUCUUUCCUGCAGUCCGAACCUAAGGUCGUCUAACAGCAGUACCAUUACAAAUAGUAUCCAGCAACUAGUUGUGUGGCCGACGAAAUUAGAAAUGGAUGUGCCGACUCCUAAAAUAUCUCAUUAUUCCGUCGAUUUAGUCACUAGCCAACGGGAGUUACGAUCGUUGUUUGCCAAUGUACCUGAAGAUGAAGUGGUGGUAGAAUCUUUCUUGGCUUCAUUGUAUCGAAAGCCCAGUGAUAAAAAUGCCGACAAUUCUUUAUCAUACAGUUAUAGUGGCAUGGUUUAUGUAACACAAAAGAGUCUUUGGUUUUACAGCUGUAUAAUGAUGACUUGUGUCAACAUGAUUGUUCUACCUUUAGAUGAGAUAAAGUCAGUGCGUUUAGAUAGUAAGGAUUUCUCGAGUAACAUGCUUAUGAUACUUGAGUUGAAAACGUCAACAUCUUUCAAUUUCGGCCUAUGGCUUGAAUCUCCCGAUCAAAUCUGCGACCGUCUCAAGUCUAUUAUCGAGAAUUACAAGUCUAUGGAUACUCAGACCUUGUAUGAUACCAUACGAAAUAUUACAACUAAUAAAAAGACAAAGACACCCACAAGUCAUGUCACAACAUCUAGUGCAUUGUAUGCAUCUGUGACUCCAUUAACAGUACAGGCACAACAGCAGCCCAUACAGCAGCAGCAGCAACAGCAACAGCAGCAACAGCAGUCGCAGUUGCAGUUGCCGUCGCAGCAGCAACAACAACAUCAGACCGUAUUAACAACGUCAUCAUCCGCAGAUACAACAGAUGACACAGAUGUCGUACCUACUAAAAAAGAGGAAGAAGCUGUUACUCCACCGCCCAUGCAUCGUGCCUCGCCUGCUCAAGGCGCUUUAGCGGCAGUCUACAAUGCAUCCAAGAAAAAGUCAAAUCUUUCUGUUCUAAAACAAUCCGAUAAUUCACAAGCGUCUUCACAAGUGUUACCGCACCAAAGCACUGCGGAAGAAUGGCCUAGUCAUGUACCUAAGCCCAAGGAAAAAAUCCAUUGCGAAUGUACAGACCAUCUGGAUAAAGUAGAAGCUGAUAUAGUUUUACCUAUAGGAGCUAAACACGUAUUUGAUCUUAUGUAUGCCACAGAUAUAUGGGAGAAGCUGAACAAAUCCAAAAACUAUACAGAGCCUACAUUUUCAAGCUGGUCCCAAAAUGAAGAGGUUUUGGAACGCACAGUGAAUUACGUGAUGCCAGUGACCGCGCCCAUGGUGAAGGCAAAAGAGACAGAUGUAGUUGAAACUCAACAAGUUCUGUAUCAGAAAGAGUAUAUUUGUUAUGUAAUAAUGGUGACGACAAAAACACCUAAUUUGCCAUAUGCGGAUGCGUUCAUACCCUGUGUAAAAUAUUGCAUUACCUAUGUGUCUGCAUCUAGCUGUAGACUCGUGUGUUCGAUUGGUGUCAAGUGGCUUAAAACCAUAUUCGUUAAGGGAAUGGUAAACAAGGCGGCAGCAAAAGGUAUGGCAGAAACUGUGGAAAAAAUUGUGCCUAUUCUUCAACACGAAGCAUCAAAAGGAACUAGUAUUGAAAACAAUAAUAACCAUCACGACACCAUCAAAGCAAAAAAUGCCGAGUUGCCACCCAUUCCAAAAGAUGAGCCGGAGAAGACGACGAGUGCAUUCAAUAAAAGUGCAAUUUUAUUUGGACUGGCCUAUGUUGUAUUCAUGAUAUAUCAGCUACACCUAUCAAAAAGGUACGAGUCGCUUUUACAUCAGACAGAGAGUAAUGGUACCAGCAUGGUAUGGAGAGGUGUCUAUCUGCGUGAUUUACAGGAUAAAGUAACAGAAAAAGCUGUGGUGUUAAGUCAUGUCAAUCCAAAUGUAUACGAAUUAUUCCAAGAAGCUAGAAGCAAUGGCACUGCACAACAAUGGAAAUAUCCAUGGUUUAGCAAGCUACACAGAGACAUGGCGGAAGAAUUGGGUUACUCGAGAGAAAGAUUAGGUGCGAUUCGAUAUGAAUUACUUUCGACAUUUCGCAUCCUAAAUCGAGUCGAAUAUCAGUUGCUUGAGAUUGAAUACUGGAAUUGGCUUUCAGAUCAAAAAUUAAUGUGUAGCAAUCAGGACAAGUCUCCUGUUUGCAAGGAAAUUGCUAAAGAGCGUGACGCUUAAAAAAUUUGCAUACAUCAAAUGAAAUUAAUAAAAAAAAAAAAAGUUGUUUAUAUUACAA